AUGUAUAGUUGGCGACUUAGGGUUUUUUCAUCUAGUGCCACCGCCGGUGUGGCCUCACGCCCACCGGUGAGAAAUUCUCCUUUUCCCCUCCUCUUACUUUCUUCCUUUCUCUUAUGGUUUGCGUUAGCCCAUGAUUUGGUUCCGCCGCUCCUCCUUUCUCCUCCGAAUCUAGAUCCAAAACCGUCGCCAGUCGCCCCUCCACCCUUAGAUCUGUUCUCGGUGGUUGCCAAAACUGACAUAUCUUCGCUGGAGUUAUCGAAGGGCUUUGUGGCGCUUUUGAGGACGAAACUCCCAAGCCUAUCCCUCACUCUGUCGCAGACGUCAGAUCCUCCGCCGAUAAUGCUGUCUCCAGCGCUCUUGGCCGUUGUGUGUGGUGGACCCCUUGUGUCGACUCCAGCAGAUCCUCCGGACCCACCAGAUCCACCUGAUUUGGGCUCUAUCGAGGUUGCUCCAAACCUUUUGUCGCCUUCUCCUGGACCUGCUUCUGUGCCCCUCAAGUUUUGUGAAGAAUUUGUGAUGUUUAAAAGUCUCGAAGAUGUGGAGGAACUCAUUGAUACCCUCCCGUGUUCUUUCGCUGACUGCUUUAGAGACCUCACCUUGCUUCGAUCCAAGCCCAAUGAAGACUCUCAAUCAUCCCGAAAGCUAAUUCUACAAGGUCUAACCACUUCUAACCGCAGCUGUGUUAUCCCACCCUUGGUUCCGGACUUUGAAGUCCUCAUGUUUACCCCUUGCUUGGGGUUGGAUAUGUAUGAGAUUGCAGACUCAGUUUAA